AUGUCAAAGGAUAUCCCCAAGCUUGACCCGUUUAGAACUAAGGCAGAAAUAAAGGGAAAGAAACAGAAAAGGUCUCAAGGAUCUUCACAUUAUAGACCAAAAGCACCAACUGAACUAACACGUUUACCGGCAUUUAAAGAUGUUUCUCCUUCUGAGCACCAAGAGCUGUUUGUGAAGAAACUUCAGCAAUGCUGCGUUGUCUUUAACUUUGAGGACUCAACCUCUGAUGUCAGUAGUAAAGAGAUCAAAAGAACUUUCUUGAAUGAGCUGGUAGAGUACAUAAGCGUAACAAGGAACGCGUUAAAUGAAUCUGUUUACCAACCGAUUGUUUCCAUGAUUGCUUGCAACAUAUUCAGACCUCUCCCACCCUCUGACAAUCCGGACUUUGAUCCCGAGGAAGACGAUCCAAUUUUGGAAGCAGCCUGGCCUCACCUUUCAUACGUCUAUGAGUUUUUCCUGCGUUUCCUUGAGUCUCCCGAUUUUCAACCAGUUGCUGCUAAAAAAUAUAUUGACCAGAAGUUUGUACUUCAAUUACUGGAGCUGUUUGAUAGCGAGGAUCCUCGAGAACGUGAGCUGCUAAAGACCGUGGUUCAUCGCAUCUACGGGAAGUUUUUGGGAUUAAGGUCUUUUAUCAGAAAGCAGAUUAACAAUAUAUUUCUAAGAUUCAUAUAUGAAACGGAACAGUUCAAUGGUGUUGGGGAGUUGCUUGAAAUUUUGGGGAGUAUUAUUAAUGGUUUCGCCCUCCCACUUAAGUCUGAACACACUCGGUUCCUCGCAAAAGUUCUGAUCCCACUUCACAAAGCCAAGUCCUUAGUGACCUUCCAUCCCCAAGUAUAACUAAGACAAUACUUGUCGUUGCUUGUUCCCUUUAAAUUAAUGUAAUUAUUAGCAUUGUGAUUAGACUAAGUUUCAAGUAAUUUUCUGCUGCUAGAAGUUACUUAUUUGCACAGAUAACUGUUUACUGUCCUUCUAGAUUUUUAAACUCUGGUGUAGAGUACCCUUUGAGAAGAACAAAAGUACGCAUAUUUAUUAGUUGGUGUUACAAAUGAUGUUUCUAGUUGACAUCAGUCAAAUUUAGGCUUUUACGCGUAUUGAAACCCAACUUGUUACAAAAGGUGCCAUUAAUUUGAUUUGCUUCGCUGUGUAAAACACUUUGUCGUUCUGUUAUAUACAAGACAUUCGCAAAAUAGGUUAUCCAACCUACCGACAUCAACCCUCGACCGUUGUUGCCACCUUAAUGUGUGAUCGGGCUCACCUAUCGUGAUGAACCAGUCGGGUUUUAUUGACUGAAACAACCGUUCCUCCAGGUCCUACUAUGCCAGACAGGUCGGUCGAAGAG